GAAAUAAAAUUUCACCAUGUCAUAAACAAUUUAUUUCAGACUUUAUUGCUUUCAAUUUAUUUACGUGUUAAAUAUGUUAUUGUUAAAAUUAUUUUGAAAAUGUUAGGUCUUGCUCAAGCUUACUUUUUGAUGAAUCUUUGUAUAUUUAUAGAAUGUGUAAUUCCAAGUUUAACAGUCCGUAAACUAGACAGAAAUAUUGUAGCCAGAAAACGACAAGACACAUUAGAAAUGUGCCGUAUAUUCACUGAAGAAAGCGAAAAGUUGAAGUACAACGAGCCUAACGAACUAAAUCAGUAUACCAAAAACACACGAAGCAGAAAGAAGAGGGAUGUUGGUAAUCCUAUAUAUUCUAUCAAUCCAGCUCUGAACGAAGAAGAUAAGGAACGUAUUGAAGGCAUCGUAGAUAAACUGUAUGACGACAUGGGAGAAAAAGGUGAAAGAGUAACAUAUAGGCAUCAUAGUGUUCCAACAACUACGGUCACUGUGACGUUACCACAGAAUAUAACUGCGAGAAGAUUCAAUUUCGCACCAGCGGAACUGCUAGGACCUUUGCCUGGCCGAGAAAAACUUGCCCAUCCUCAAGAAGAAACUUAUGAUGUUAGUGUAGCUAGGUUUCCACGUGGCAUAGUUCCUUACUUCAUCGAUUCUAAAACCUACGACGCUGACUUAGCAGAUAUAAUAAUGAAAGCUUUCGACUACUUCGAAAAGGCGACUUGUAUUCGCCUGCAGAAGUUACGAGAACGGCCGACUGACAAGGAGUCUUUGAAAAGUGUUGCUUGGCUGUACAUCACCAAUCCUUCGGGAAUACGGCAGUGUGUUCAUAGUAAUGAACGUCGAAGAACUAAAGGAGUUCAGAUGGUAGUGUUCGGUUAUGACUGCAUGUCGCUCGGAGACAUAGCACACGAGGUGAUGCAUAUCCUGGGCUUCUCUCACGAACAUACGCGCUCCGAUAGAGACCAGUACGUCACGAUAAUGUGGGAUAACAUCAAGCCAGGUUAUAAGAAAUAUUUCGACCUAAGUCAAGGUGAAUACCAGAAUAUAAUAGAAAGUCUUCCAUACGACUACACUAGUGUUCUGCACUAUCCCCCCAGAGCGUUCUCCAAAAACGGUCAAGUCACUAUACAUACUGAGCCUGGGGUCAAAAUUGGCCAGCGCGAAGGCCUCAGCGAAAUUGACGUCGAGAAAAUCGGUCUAGUAUAUUCAAAUGAAUGCGUUAAGAGAAACAAAGAAUAUCUUUUAAAAACGUGCCCUAGCGUUGUCAGAUCAGACACGCAAGUAAAAAAUAUUUCACAAGUUGAAAUCGAAGACUAUUUUAAAGACAGAUUGUGGCCAUUUGGAAUUAUAAAUUACCAAAUAAGAGACAAGAUGGAGUUCUCUGCUGAAGAAAGAGAAAACAUAAAUGCAGUCAUAAGACACAUAGAAAAAGAAACGUGCCUAGAAUUUAGAGACAUUUCCACAGUUAAAGAAGAAUCCGAUGCAGAUAUGGAAUCGAUUAAAGAUGAAAACACUGCAAAUGAUGCAGAGCCCCUUAAAAAGACCGAACCGACUAAUUUCAUGAAGUUAAAAGAAGUCGUUGAUGAUUUUAAAGAUAAUUAUAAUAAUAAAUCUAGUACAGAAAAUGAAAUAAUCAAACUUAAAGCAGAUUUAAGUGACAGUAAUGAAACAGAAACAGUAAAUAUACAAAGAAGAAAUAGUAUCGCAAAGAAAAACUUAUUAAAACUUAAAAACAAAAAUGUAAAUGAAAAAAUACACAACAAACGUAAAAUUGGAAAAAAAACAGCUACAAAUACGAAAACGCAAUCAAAGAGAGUGAAACGGAAAACGCCGCUACCAUCUCGAAGACACGCCAGUGACAUCCUAGUGCUAACUAAAUCACAUGCACCAGGAUGUACUUGCCCGCCUCCUGGGCGUCCUUUUGGGCAGAAGAUAUUAAAAAUCAGCACGGACUGUUUCAAUUCAGUGAAUGAUUUGCUGCAUAUCUUCGUGCAUGUGUUGGGCUUGGAUCAUCAGCACAACAUGCAUGAUCGUGACUCCUAUCUGCAUAUAGUGUGGAAAAACUUGACUCCAGAUAUUAAAGAAGAAAUGACAACGAAGCUCCCACCAGCCGCGUCAGUGGGAUUUCCGUACGAUUACCAAAGCGUCAUGCACUACCCAUGGCUACAAAUCAGAAAUGGCGUCACUAACAUAAUGUAUCCCAUUUGGAACGAUGGAUGGGCAAUGGGACAUUGGCAAGGGCUGAGCUCAAUCGACGUUCAGAAACUAAAUCUCCUCUAUUUCAAUCAAUGCAUCUCCCGAACGCAACAAAGAUAUAAUAAUUGAUGUGGCAAAACUUUGGGAAUAAACCUGUACGAAUAAAUAGACCGUGAAUAUAAUAAAA